CAGUGCAAAACUAAAGAAGUGCUGGGGUUCCGUUUCAGAGAUGCCGUCGCGGUGAAUGUCCCUUCGAGGCUUCUGUAGCUACAAGGCCUAAGCUAGCUAACGAACCGCAGACGAAAACAAACCUCAAAAAGACUCAAUGGCUUUGGUGUCUGCGGAUACCAAAAUUGCUGAGCUUCUGACUGAGCUCCAUCAGCUAAUAAAGCAAACUCAGGAGGAACGUUCACGCAGUGAACACAACUUGCUCAACAUCCAGAAGACACAUGAAAGGAUGCAGACAGAAAACAAGACCUCUCCAUACUAUCGGACCAAGCUCCGGGGACUCUACACCACAGCAAAAGCAGAUGCAGAAGCAGAGUGCAGCAUUCUGCGCCAUGCUCUUGACAAGAUUGCAGAAAUUAAAUCACUACUGGAGGAGAGACGUAUUGCUGCGAGGAUGGCUGGAGUGCACAAUAACAGUGACCCACCCAGGAAGACCAUGCGGAGAGGCGUUCUGAUGACUCUGCUUCAGCAAUCUGCUAUGACACUUCCUCUAUGGAUUGGCAAGCCGGGCGAAAGUCCGCCUCCUCUGUGUGGGGCCAUCCCUGCAAGCAGUGAUUACGUGGCAAAGCAGGGGGAUAAGGUGGCAGCUCGAGUGAAGGCUGUGGAUGGAGAUGAACAGUGGAUCCUGGCUGAGGUUGUCAGCUACAGCCACUCCACCAACAAGUAUGAAGUGGAUGACAUUGAUGAGGAAGGAAAAGAGAGGCACAUGCUAAGUCGAAGAAGAAUCAUCCCUCUGCCACAGUGGAAGGCCAACCCAGAGACGGACCCCGAGGCCCUGUUCAGCAAAGACCAGCUGGUGCUGGCCCUCUACCCACAAACCACCUGCUUCUACAGAGCACUCAUUCAUACCCCCCCACACCGGCCCCAGGACGACUAUUCAGUGCUGUUUGAAGACACUUCAUAUGCAGACGGCUACUCACCGCCUCUCAAUGUAGCCCAGAGGUACGUGGUGGCCUGUAAGGAGAACAAGAAGAAGUGAAGAACACUUUGACUAUUCUGCGGGUCCUGAUCACCUCUGUUACAAAACUAGAUCUUGGAUCAGGGCUCUUUAAAUGCUUUUCUCGUUCCAGAUCAACUGAAAAGUAGACUAUGGCAGAGAUUGUGCCUUUAGCUGUAAUGGGCACAUCCUCACUUUUCACUUUGUAUUUGCAAAGGACGCUUGGAUAACACUGGAUGACAUUAUCACUGUUGUCCAACAGUUGUUUUGUGAGUGGUGAAUUAACCCGAAACUGUGCUACAUCAGGUCUGCGUUCAGCGUUCGAGGCUAUGUGACCUUGGUGUCGUUUCGUGUGUGUGUGUGUGUGUGUGUGUGUGUUUUAAUUUUUUUCAUAUGACAUUCUUGUCCAUGUGGUGGCAAAGAAGCCAACUGCCGGUGAAUCGUGUAAAAAGUGAAAAUAAACCAUUUUCAAGCUUU